CUCACGUGUCAGUCGUCCGUCAUUAAUGUCAGUCAUCAGAAACAGCCGAACAGUUUGUUGUUUAUAUAUUUUAUUGAAAUGGAGUUCACCGGUUGAAUUGUAUUUUCGUUUGUAGUUAUUUGUUACAAUUUUAAAGGCAUGUGCCAUAGUUGUCAUGUUAUGGUAAUAUUAAAGAUAUAAUCAUUACCAUUAUAAAGUUAAAUUUUUCGUACGUGGCCCGAAGUGGUUGGUUAUCAUGUGGUCUCUAAUUAUAGUGAUAAUUUUAUCAUUAAUUGCAUAUUUCGUUACGGAUGGGUUAAUUCUUAAUCUGAAGAAUUUAUUUAUAAACGCUGGUUUAUACGGAAUAGAUCUAUGUAAAAAUAAUAAAAACAAAAUACCAGAGGCUCUUGGUGUGGUAUCAGGAUGCAUUUUCCUAGUUACAAGUUUUACUUUCAUACCAAUAGUGUUUGGAAACAGUCUCAUGGAUCGAGAAUCUUUUCCACACAAUGAGUUUGCAGAAGUUUUAGCAGCACUUUUGUCCAUAUGUUGUAUGCUACUUCUGGGAUUUGCUGAUGAUGUAUUGGAUUUACGAUGGAGGUACAAGUUACUGCUCCCAACAGUAGCAUCAUUACCAUUACUAGUGGUGUACUAUGUGAACUUCAAUUCUACCACAUUUAUAUUACCAAUACCACUUCGAGAAUGGUUCGGUGUAUCCAUUAAUAUUGGAUGUUUUUAUUACAUAUACAUGGGAAUGCUAGCAGUUUUUUGUACAAAUGCUAUAAACAUAUUGGCUGGAAUCAAUGGUCUAGAAGUAGGCCAGUCGGUGAUAAUUGCAAUCUCUAUCAUUGUGUUUGAUAUAAUAGAGUUGAGAGGUGAUCAAUACAAAGCCCACAUGUUCUCUUUGCGCAUUAUGCUGCCUUAUUUAGCCACAGCUUCAGCAUUAUUGAAGCACAACUGGUACCCUUCAAAAGUUUUCGUAGGUGAUACAUUUUGCUAUGUUUCUGGUAUGACUUUUGCUGUAGUAGGAAUAUUAAGCCACUUUAGUAAAACAGUCUUAUUAUUCUUUUUACCACAAAUUAUUAAUUUUCUUUAUUCAGUUCCUCAAUUAUUUCAUUUUGUUCCAUGUCCAAGACAUAGGUUACCAAAAUAUAGUGCUGAAACUGACUUAUUACAAGCAAGUAGAACUGUAAUUAUAAAAAAAGAUUUAAACUUUAUUACUAAAACAAUAGUACAAAUACUAAGAAUACUUCAUCUAGUAGAUGUGAUAGAAGAUAAUGAUAGUAUAGUCAUGAACAAUCUGACGUUAAUUAAUUUAUUUUUAAUUAAGUUCGGUUCAAUGUCUGAAGUAAAGUUAGUCACUAUGAUAAUGGCAUUUCAGUGUUUAUGUAGUUGUAUAGCGUUUAUAAUAAGAUAUCCAUUGGCUUCCUAUUUCUAUGAUUCAUAAACAUGAAGGCCAGUGACUUUUAGUUCCACAGAAUCCACUGACCUUAUUCAUUAAUUGGAUGUACCAAAGGAUACGACGUAUUAGGGCACAUUGUAGUAGCA